GUGGAAGUGCGCAACGUCUUGUUGAUAUUAUGUGCCUUUAUUUAAUAUUACUGUCGUGAUUUAUCGAGGAAUAUAUAAGGAUGUCUUGUUCUAAAGAAGAAAUUGAAAGAAAACGAUUAGCAGCUAUUAGAAAAAGGCAAGAAAAGAUUUUGAGUCAAUCGAAUCAUAACAAUGAUUCAAUUGCCAAUACAUUUUUACCUUUAAAGUCUAGUGUAGGAAUUGUGAAAUCUAGCCCAGGAUUUCAACCUUAUGCAAAGCCAGAUAGUAGCAAACGAUCAAAUGGAAAUUCUUCCAUUCCCAUAACAAGUGUUGUCACUGGCACUACUUACUUAAUUUCUGAAGACAGAUUUGAGGUCAACCCAUCAGAGUUUUGUACACCUCUAAUAAAUAUCUUCAAGACAAUACAUUCUAAAAGUUAUGAUUCAAAUUCUAAAUUAUGGAAUUUCUCAGUAAAAGACUAUACAGACUUCAUGAACAAAGUUUCAUCUCUUGUUCCACAUGUAGUUAUUGGUCCUUUGCCAGCUUAUGUAUUAAAGAUAAUUAACACCCCCAUAAUGCACCCAGAUAAUGUGGACCUGUCGCCAAUAGAAAAAACACUUCGAGAUAAACUAAUGCCAUUCCAGGAGUAUGGAGUACGGUUUGCCAUAGCCAGGCGCGGGCGCUGUAUGAUAGCAGAUGACAUGGGCCUCGGGAAAACAUUUCAAGCUCUCGCUGUUGCUAGUUAUUACAGGAACGACUGGCCUUUACUAAUUGUCACAACAUCUUCUAUGAGAGAAACUUGGCAAAGCAAAAUACAUGAAUUGUUGCCGUCUGUUCCUAUGAUGAAUAUAGUGACACUAACGAGUAGUCAGGAUAGUCAACUUGUGGCUGAUAAACAGACUGAAGUUGUAAUAGUUAGCUUUAAGAUAGCGAGUAUGCAUAAGGAAUUGUUGCAGAGUAAGAAGUUUGGAGUAAUUAUUGUCGACGAGUCGCACAACCUGAAAUCUCACAAGGCCCAGUGUACAGUGGCUUUAGCACGCGUUGGGCGAAGUGCUUCGAGGGUAAUACUACUGAGUGGUACACCGGCCCUCAGUCGCCCCGCGGAACUGUACACACAGCUGGCGCUCAUCGAUCCUCGCCUCUUUCCUUCCUUCACGGAUUACGGUAAACGUUAUUGCGCUGGGAAACAGACAAGUUUUGGUUGGGACAUGACGGGCCAGUCGAACUUACCUGAACUUCAAAUUAUAUUGCAGAAGAGAUUCCUCAUACGACGUACUAAGGACGAAGUCCUGACGAAACUUGAAGAAAAAACAAGGGAAACAGUGUUAUUAGAUGAAUCACUCCUCCAGUUCACCAACGAAGAUCAACAAGGAUUGACGCAAAUGGCGAAAAACUAUCAAAGCACCCGGUCCACAGAAAAACACGCAGCUCUGAUUACUUUCUUCAGUAAAUCAGCAGAAGUGAAAAUUCCAGCUAUAUGUAAAUAUAUCAAGCAGUUGCUGAAGGAGAACGACAGCAAGUUCCUGGUAUUCGCUCAUCACCGGAAUAUGAUAAACGCUAUCUGUAGCACUCUUGACGAAAUGAACACAAACUACAUUUGCAUUGUCGGAUCUACACCUACUAAUAUUAGAGCUGAGCUGGUGGAGCGCUUCCAGCACAGCGCGGCGUGCCGUGGCGGCGUGCUGUCGCUGACGGCGGCGGGCGCCGGCCUCACGCUCACCGCCGCCGACCUCGUGCUCUUCGCCGAGCUGCACUGGAACCCCGGGAUCCUGACGCAGGCGGAGUCCCGCGCACACCGACUGGGCCGAGCGGGCCGCGUGCGCGUGCGCUACUUACUGGCGCGCGGCACGGCCGACGACUGCAUGUGGCCCAUGCUGCAGGGGAAGCUCGACGUUUUAAAUGACGUGGGUCUCGGUGGAGAAACAUUUGAAAAUUCAACCUUAACACAUCAGGGAAGUCAGUCAGACAUCACACAAUAUCUAUCACCAAGAACCAACUACAAGAAUAAAAAUGAUUAUAUACCUGGUACCAAUAUAAAGAAAGUUCCUUUACCAACUAAGAGCAAUGACAAUAAACCCACGGGCAGCCAACAAACUGAAUCAGAGCUGAAUUCCUUUAUGGAAUUCGACGAAACUGACGAACUACUCGCUGAUUUGGUCGAAGAUAGCGAAGUGCUCGCAGAUUUGAACAAAAAUGUUGAUCUACACGCUGAUUUGAACAAAGACGACGAGCUACUCGCAGAUUUGGACAGAGAUGACGAGCUACUCGCUAACUUGGAUGAUAAUGAAUUGUUUGCUACCACCUAAUUUUGAAAUUGUAUAUUUUGUGAAUAUAAUUUAUUGUACCUGUUAUACUAAUUAAAAUGAAUAUUAAUA